CUGUCGUCAGCUCGUGCCGUAAACGUGCCGUAAAUGAGCGCAACCCUCGUGCUUAGUUGCCAACAUGAAGUUUGGAACCCUGAGCAGACUUCCGGUGAUACGCCGGAGGAAAGUGAGGAUGACGUCAAGUCAUCAUGCCCCUUAUACCCUGGGCGACACACGUGCUACAAUGGCUGGGAUGAGGGAUCGCAAUCCCGCGAAGGUGAGCUAACUCCAAAAAUCCGUCCUCGGUUCGGAUUGUCGGCUGCAACCCGCCUGCAUGAAGCCGGAAUCGCUAGUAAUCGCUCCCGGGCCUUGUACACACCGCCGGUCACACUAUGGGAGCUGGCCAUGCCCGAAGUCGUUACCUUAAAGGAGGGGGAUGCCGAAGGCAGGGCUAGUGACUGGAGUGAAGUCGUAACAAGGUGCCGUACUGAAAGGUGCGGCUGGAUCACCUCCUUUUCAGGGAGAGCUAAUGCUUGUUAGAUAGUUUGGUUUGACACAGCUUCACACCCCAAAAGAAGCGAGCGAGCUACGUCUGAGUUAAAUUUGGAUAUAGAAGUUUUCUUUCGUUUCUCGG